AGUCUGAGCCGAGCCGUUGCACUGAGCGCUUCCCAUCUCGUGUGUAUCUCUCGUUAUGAAUAGGGUACCGUGGCGAACUUUUUCCGAUUAGAAACGGGAGAAUUCAAUACGGUAAAACGGGUUGCAAAUUAUAUGGAAAUUGAUUUGUUGGAUGAUUUUUUUAACGUUGUAGUAGAAAUAUCGAUUCUGGCAGUGGACAAAUUCCAGUGAAAAAAUUCUUUGCCAGUCGAUAAAUCAAGUGAACCGUGAAUUUAUGAUGCGAGUGAUGAAUGAUAGGAACACGGCGGCAGUGAUAGCCAAAUGUCAGUGAUUACAAAGUGACCACAGUUUUCGGCUGAAGCUCCCCGGUCAACAUUCGCAUGAUGGAUCAUCAUCAUCAUCUCCAGCAUCACAACCAUCAUCAUUCCAUCGCCAUGAUUGGGCCUCUCUUCAUCACGAUAACCAUUUUGCUGACGUCAGCUGGUACUGACAAGACUCAAGGUCGCGACUACUGGUUCCAAGAGGCGCGACGCCUCUUGAAGCGUAAGCUAGAAGGCAUGGUGGAGCCCCACCCUAUGGCCCGCAACGUGGUGUUCCUGGUGGGAGACGGCCUCGGUCUCUCCACCCUCACGGCCGCUCGCAUCCUCAAGGGCCAACGGUUGGGUCAGCUCGGUGAGGAUCACCUCCUCGCCUGGGACGAGUUCCCUGCCGUCGCCUUGGCUAAGACGUACAACUUGGACAGUCAGGUGGGGGAGUCAUCAGCGUGUGCAACAGCCCUGCUCUGCGGCGUGAAAGCGCGCAAAGAGACGGUCGGCCUGCACUCUGGUGGCAAAUUCCUCAACUGCUCCUCCAGUCUACAUUCCAGAGUGGAAAGCCUGCUGGACUGGGCUCAGCAACAAAGAAAGAGCACCGGCAUAGUGACAACGUCACGGGUGACCCACGCCACACCGGCAGCUCUCUACUCGCACGCGGCCUCCCGCUACUGGGAGGAUGACAGCCGGGUGCCUCCCCCCGCCCGCCGCUCCUGCAAGGACAUCGCACGACAGAUAGUCGAGGAUGAACCUGGCAGGCAUUUGAAGGUGCUCCUUGGAGGAGGUAGACGCCACUGGCUGCCGCGAAUCGCUCGUGACCCGGAACUGCUGAUGGAGUCAGGGCGUCGCCAGGACGGCAGAGACCUCACCCAGGAUUGGCUCAGGGAGAAGAAGAGGAUGGGCUUGAAGGCCGAGUAUGUCUGGAACAAAGAGCAGCUGGACCGCGUCGAUCCAAACACCGUCGAUCAUUUAUUAGGUUUGUUUUCGUAUUCACACAUGGAGUUCGAGGUGGACCGUGAUCCAGGACCUCAGGGAAAUCCGUCUCUGGCUGAGAUGACUCGAAAAGCUCUGCAGAUGAUCAUGAACAAUCCUCGUGGGUUCUUUCUCUUCAUCGAAAGUGGCAGGAUAGACCACGGUCACCACUAUAACAACCCGUACCGUGCGCUGGACGAGACGCUGGUGCUGGAGUCGGCCCUGCUUGUCGUCAUGUCACUCGUCAACCUGCAGGACACACUCAUCGUCAUCACGUCCGAUCACAGCAACGUCAUGACAUUCGGUGGCAUGUCUACGCCACGCGGCAAUCCCAUUCUUGGCACCGACAGCCAAGUAUCAGACGUGGACGGCAUCCCCUACUCAACCCUGCUGUACGGGGCGGGACCCGGCUACACGGCGCCCCGGGCGACGCCCCUUAACGGCAGCUCACAGCAGGCUCUGCACGAGGCGGCGGUGCCCCGUCAGUGGAGCACUCAUGGCGGCGAGGAUGUGCCUGUCUUCGCCAAGGGGCCGCUCGCCAAGGCACUCUUCUCCGGCACCAUUGAUCAGACCUUCAUUCCGCAUGCUAUCGCCUACAUAGCCUGCCUCGGCGAACAUGUGGAGCGCUGUGAAAACCUGAAUAUGUCGGCGUUUGCUUAUCGGCCCAACUGCGCCGUACCAGGAUCAGCAUUCGUUCUAGCGAGCAGUAAAUACAACAAAAAUCUACUGCAAGAUGCUGAGAGCUCAUCAUCAACAAACGAAUUUGUACAGUUAAACUCAGUGAUGAGCUUUCUAAUUGUUUGUACUGUGCUUGUGCUCUAAAAACUACGUUUGUUACUGUUUAAGCCAUCUAGUCUGUUUGCUCCUUAAGUAUUUUGAACUCUCAUUAAAUAUUUCCUCCAGUUG